AUGCCUGAAAGACCAACGCGGCCAUCAACUGCUAGUCGUCAACGUCGACGUGUGAAUCGUCGUCGAAGCUUGAGUUUUGACCAAAAGGAUAAAUUCAGUCAUCCUCCACCUGCGUCAACUAAUGUCACUCUCACAGCCGUCGACUUAUGUUCCACAGGGCAGAAACUAAGUGAUCUCAAACAACAUAUUGAAGAACAAAAGAAGAAUGUGAAGGUACUUCACAUUUUUAUCGCCAACUACAUUUAUUUUUUAUGUGAUUCGAUUACAUUUCAGUCUCCUGAUCUGCUUGAGCCUCUGGUAUUGUGUCAACUGUACAGUUCACUGGAAUAUGGUGAAUUAUCUGUAGAAAAUGCCAUUGCAUAUGUAGAAUUAGCAUUUUUUUAUCUCAACCAGAAACGUCUUAUACCUCAAGCAAAAACUCACGCAUUAUCAUCUCGAAAUAUUAUUGAUCGUCUCCAGUUAUACCUAUCGGAUAAUCUGAACCAAAAUUUACUCGGUUAUCGAACGUAUUUGUUACUUGCAAAAUGUUCUUUAUUAUCGCUGACGUCGUUAACACAAAACGGAAAAAAGGAUAAAUAUUUAUCAUCAAUUGACACAACACACAUUGAACACGAUCUUCAGCUCUCAGAAAACUACUUAAAACAUACAGAAAAAUUAAUGGACAUCAAACACUAUGAUCAACACCAACUAGAUUUGAUGCUAAUUAAAUUUCGGGCGUUAUUAAACAAUACAAUAAAAAUGUCGACGGAUAUUCACGAAACGGCUGAAGAAAUAAUCGAAUUAUAUAAAAAACACUAUGAACAAAAUGACGAUGUUCGCAUAAAAAAAACGAUUAAACUGUAUCAAGAUUGUGGUUUGUAUGAAGUGGGUCGGGGUGAAUCGAAACAAGCAAUUGAUUAUUACAGAAAAGCAUUAAAACUGGCGGAAGAGAAUGAGGAAAAAACACCAUCUGAUAUCCAUCGACUUCAAAUAGCAAAUGCCUUGUUCUUAUUGGCUAAAACUGAAUUACGUAUUAACGAGCGAACGUCUCUAACAGAAGAAAAUUUGAAACGGUCAUUGGAUAUCUACAAAGAAUUGGAGGGCGAUACAAGCAAAAAUGUGCUGAAAGUUAUCGAUGAAUUGGCAACAUUUUAUAUAAAAGAUGAUCAAGAUGAGGAAGCAUUAGAAAUACUUUGUAAUUCAUUACAAAAUAAAAUCGAUUUCUAUGGAGAUUUUUCAGAAGAAGUUAUUCAGACACAAUCCCGCAUUGGUGCACUCUACUUGAAACAGCUUGAUAGUCUGAGUGCAGCUGAACGUUUUAAAGCAUGCUUUGAUAUUCAAGAAUUUUUGUAUGGUAGCAAAGAUCCAAGAACGUGUAAGACAAAAGAAACACUUGACAUGUUGAAAAAAGAUCCAACCACAGCUCGUGCUUUUUUCUCAUAUAAGCGCGAUGGUGUUUUACAAGAGCGACCACCAUUUCAAUCAUUUCAUCGUAUAUCACAUGCUAAAGAUGAUUUAAAAUUAUUUCAAAAGGUAAAACAUAAAUCAACAACUUUGAAAAAUUAA